UUGGAACCUGCGACCAUGACUUCAGAGAACACCGUAAUUCGAGAGGUAGCGAAGAACGUGUGGACGUUCUCAUGCCCAUUCUCUCGAUUCAACCUCGUCCCAUUCGGCGGGCGCUCGACAGCUAUCAAGCUCGCGAGCGGCGACGUCUGGGUCCUCGCAUCGACGCCGCUGAACGACGCGACGAAGAGCAAGCUCCAGGAGCUGGGGCCGGUCAAGUAUAUCGUCGGCGCGGAUGCGGUGCAUACGCUCUACCUCGGCGAGUUCAAGAGAGCAUAUCCCAACGCCAAGCUUGUUGCUGUGCAAGAAGCUAUCAAGAAGAAGCAGAACGAAGGGCUAAUGUUCGACGGCGCAUGGGGCGCCGACCCGGCUGGAACCGAGUACGGCUUCGAAAGCGACAUCCAACACUGCUACUUCUCGGGGUUCAAGAACAAAGACGUAGCAUUCUUCCACCCUGCAUCUAAGACCCUCAUCGAAGCCGACCUCCUAUUCAACCUGCCGUGUAACGAGCAGUACUCUAAGACGAGCUCCUCGGGCAAGGUGCCCUUCUUCGGCACGCUGAACCCGUACAUGUACAUGCACAAACGCUUUGCAUGGAUGAUGGGCGCGGACAAGGAGGCGAUGAAGCGAGACGUGAAGACCGUCGCGGGCUGGGAUUUUGAGAGGAUCAUUCCGUGCCAUGGGGACGUCAUUGAGGAAAACGGGAAUAAAGCGUGGAGGGAGGCGUAUAAGUGGUACAUCGACUGAGGAUCGACUGGUGGGCACAGUUGAAGUAGGGGUGAAGAUAAAGAUGGAAGAUGGGUGGGGAUGGGGGUGUAGGUUGUCUGUAUGGGUUGAUAGUGCAUCCGCGUGUCGGGUCAAUGAUGUACUGUAUCGUUACUGUGUGUGUGUACUAUAGCUUCCGUAUCGCAAUUUGCGCAGCUCGCAAUUUUUGCAU